GUCACCUGGGACCUGUUGCUCAGCUGCGACUGUACUGCCGAAAGAGGACGUCUGUGUUGGAUUUAAAGGAUGCAAGUCUCUAUCUAUCAUCGCUAUGGACAUACAUGAUGUGCUACAGACCUGCCACGUCGUAACCAGACUAUAACCAUACCGGAUGAAAACACUACAACAAAAAGUGGAUGCCACAAGUCACUGUGUCUUUAAUCUCAAUCGGCAGUUCAUACACUUGUGCGUGUCUGAUUUGUAUAUUGGCAAUGGGAAGAUGCUGCAAAUACUGCCGAUGCAAUGGGAGAUUGCUGUGCAUGUGCCUGCUGCCAUGCAUGAUGACCGCCCACCUUCUGCUUUAUAUCUUGGUGUCCAUUUUGGUCACCAUCUCCUACAGUCCUCCAAAAAUAAACAUCCACUAUAUUGCCUCUGGGAUUUCUGCUAACUCUGAGUUGGCCUCCCACCCACGUGGCCCUUUCUGGAACCUUCGUCUGGAGGACAGUGCACUGUGGAACCAGCUGCAGCAUUCUUGGGACCGCCAGCACAACCCAGUACUGCGAGGAAACAAAACGGGGAUCAUGAGCGCUAAGCUAUUAGCAGAAAACGAAGAUGAAUGUGUUUCUGACUGCAUGUCACACAAGUGUUCUGUUCCUCGUACGCACGAUUUCAACAGUUUCCCAGAACAAAUGAGGGUGUUUGUACAGUCAAUGCACUGCAGGGAGUAUGCUCUCCUUAUCAAUCAACCUGGUAUCUGUGGGAACAACGAUAGCAGCUUUGGACCAAUGCUUCUCAUGGCCAUCAAAUCUCAAGUGGGGAACUUUGAAAACAGGCAGGCCAUCCGGGAAACCUGGGGACGCAGUGGUCUGGUCAAAGGGGAAUCAACGAAGAAGGGCGGAUUGGUGCGCACAGUGUUUCUGUUGGGAAGGCAGGACUCAAGUACAGGUCCUCACCCAGACCUAAAAAACCUCCUGGAACUUGAGAACCAGAAAUAUGGAGAUAUCCUACAGUGGGAUUUCAAAGACACGUUCUUUAACUUGACCCUAAAGGAUUUGCUGUUCUGGCAAUGGCUCCAGCAACACUGCCGCAGUGCCAUGUUCGUGUUCAAAGGGGACGAUGAUGUCUUUGUUCGAACAGGCGCCCUUCUGGAUUACCUGCACAAGCAGUGGGAGGAGCACAACCUGUGGAAAGCAUAUACAAAUGAGACUGAAAUGAAUUUGUUUGUUGGGGAGGUGAUCAAUUACGCGAUGCCAAACCGUGAGCCAUCCACUAAGUACUACAUACCAGAACGUUUCUACAAAGGUGUAUACCCACCAUACGCCGGUGGGGGAGGGGUGGUGUAUUCUGUCUCUCUAGCAUUAAGAUUGAACGAGGUUUCUAAGAGGGUGCGCCUUUUCCCAAUAGACGAUGUGUAUCUGGGAAUGUGCAUGUACAGACUCGGCCUUUUGCCAAGCCAUCACCCGGGAUUUUUGACAUUCGACCUCCCUCAUAACGACAGGUGGAAUCCCUGCGCUUACAGAUCUGUUCUGCUCGUCCACAGACGGAGUCCCAAAGACAUGUUGACACUAUGGAAGAAGCUCCAGAGACCUCCAGGUCGUUGCUGAGGCUCAUUUGCCUGGCAAAUUAGACUCAUUGAGUAUAGGAUGGAGGCUGCCACCCCUUGCAUUUCCAAAAUGUACAUGUGACUAAAAGAUGGCAGUUCCUAAGGUCACAUUCAAUUAACCUUUCCUCCUAAGAGUUACGGAGUACUGAGUAGGAGACUGAUCUACCUCAAAGGUUACUUUUAUUUUAUAGACGUUUCAUUCAUUAAGAGAGUGAUCAUG